UUGGCCCAGCCUGAACGUCAGAGGGUGCUGUGUUUGUUUAAGUGCCACCCGUUUAAAAUAAUUUAUUAAUGGCAGUCAGUUAUGAAUAACCUGAAACAUAACUUCCAUUGCUAAACCGAACCAUUGACAGAUGUGGAUAGUUUUACAAAAGAUUGUUGGGCUGGGGAAGGUGAGAAGGAGAGAGAGAGCGAGUUAGGGAGAGGUAUAUCCGUGUGGAGGAAGAGGGGAGAUGAAGGGAUUACCGUGGAUCUGCUACACCAACCUGGCGCUUGAGCUGCUUUUGUGGUCUUAAACACAUGCACGCAGUCUACCAGGAGGUGCGCAAACACGCCGAGUCUUUUACUGUUCUUGCGAAGCAUCCGAGCCAGAUUCACAAAACAUCGUUAAUGGUGCCAAACUGCGCUAGUCGACGGUGUUGUGCUGCGUGAGGAAUCACCUGCCUGGUUUGUCCGCCGCGGAGCAAUGAGGAGGCGAGUCGGCAGAGGUGACCCUGACAGCUCAGGAAACAUCAGUGACAAGGAGAAAGAUGGCGAGGACAGACUGGCCUUCUCAGGUGAGGGAGAGGUGGAAGUGGAGGGAGACACCAAAGCUGACACGCCGGAGGUCCCGGCAUCAGCAGACAACACUCCAGAAUGUCUCAGCAAAGCUUUGGAAGGUCUCUCCUCCAGAUGGAAGAAUUGCUGGAUACGUGUCAUUUUGUCUCUAACAAUGAUCACUGGGUUCUGCUUAGUGAUCUGGGCUGGACCCAUCAUGCUAAUACCACUGGUCAUGACCAUUCAGAUUAAGUGCUUUCAGGAAAUAAUUACCAUUGGAUACAGAGUUUACCAUUCCUAUGAGCUGCCAUGGUUCAGGACACUAUGCUGGUAUUUCCUGAUCUGUGUGAACUACUUCUUCUAUGGUGAAACAGUAGCUGACUAUUUUGGUGUAUUGGUGAGGAGGAAGGAGCUGCUGCAAUUCCUGGUGCGAUACCAUCGCUUCAUCUCCUUCACCAUGUAUCUGGCCGGUUUCUGCAUGUUUGUGCUGAGUUUAGUGAAGAAACAUUACCGACUGCAGUUUUACAUGUUUGCCUGGACCCAUGUGACACUGCUCAUUGUGGUAACCCAGUCCCAUCUGGUCAUUCAGAACCUUUUUGAAGGAUUGGCCUGGUUUCUUAUUCCAGCAUCGAUUGUGAUUUGCAAUGACAUCAUGGCUUACCUGUUUGGUUUCUUCUUUGGAAGAACACCUUUGAUUAAGCUCUCUCCAAAGAAAACCUGGGAGGGUUUCAUCGGAGGAUUCUUUGGCACGCUUGUCUUUGGGUUCAUUUUCUCUUACCUCGUCGCUCAUAUCCAGUACUUCAUUUGCCCUGUUGAGUACGACAGUGAGAUGAACCGUUUUACCAUGGAGUGUCAGCGCUCAGAUCUUUUCAUGCUGCAAGAAUAUAGCCUCCACCCCGUGGUGCAGAACGUCCUUGGAUGGGUAAGGACUUGCAGGGGGAGAGGGGGUUGAGUGUGUCUGAGAACAAUUGAAAGUGCCCCCUUCCCCCUUUCUUGAGCUUCCAAGUGCCCCUUUUUGAUCACCAACCUCCCUCAUCCACAGCUAGUAAAUGUUGCCGGUCACCGAC